ACCCGGAUGAACAUCUGCACACUUAUCAAGCCAUCAUGAGAAUCCAAAACGCCAAUGACGCCAUGAUGUGCAAAGUGUUCCCAGCGACACUUAAGACAACAGCCAGGAGAUGGUACUCCCAGCUCGCCAAGCUAUUCUCCAACAAGUUUGCGAGCCAAAGGGAGAUUAAACGUACAGCGACUGAACUAAUGCAGGUUCAUCAAAAAGAAGGAGAGUCUUUGAGGGACUACAUGCAACGAUUCAACAAAGCUACUUUAGACAUUGAUAACGUCCCUGAUACCAUUUGUUUAUCUGCCUUGUUGCAUGGCCUGAAGCCUGGCCGGUUUUUGGAUGACCUGUUGGAGAAUCCACCCAAGUCGUGGAAUGAAGUAAAUGACAGGCAAGGAAAAGAGCCCAAGCAGCCUGAAAACAGAGAUGACAAGAAGAAACAGAAGGUUGGCGAGCAGAGAGGGAAACCACCUUCUUACCCAAAAUAUGACAGCUACAUUCCCCUGAGCUCGUCACGAUCCCAGAUAUUGUCGCAGAUACAGUAUUGGGUCAAGAGGCCCCCUCCACAAACGCAUGAUUCUUCACGAGCUGACAGAAGUAAAUACUACGACUAUCACCGUGUAUACGGCCAUAACACAGAAGACUGUCAGAGUCUGAAGGACGAGCUCGAAUUCUUGGCUCGCAAUGGAAAGUUGGAGGGGUAUGUGCAGAAGCCUUUUGUUCGGCAACCCACUCAGACCCAUUUUGUACAAGAGUACGGCCGACCUCAAGCACCUGGGUAUCAGCUCGGCAGCAAUCCGAAUUCCUACCAGACAGGUCUGUACUCGUUUGAACCAAACAGGGCGUAUAGAGGACGCUCGUUCAAUAGGCGUGGGCCAGGACAGAAAGCACCUACGCAGAACCAAAAAGACCACAGAGGAGUCGGGUACGGUGGAAUACCCCCACCAUCUGGCACAAUCAAUAUGAUCUCUGGUGGUAUACAUGCAGGAGGUCAAAGCGCCCGUGCCCGCAAGGCGUACGCUGGCCAGGUGAUGACAGUAAAUAAGAACCGGCCUCUUAAGCGUCCAUUUGAGGAGGCAGAAUGGGAGAAUGCGGCCAUAACGUUUAGCCCGGCAGAUUACCAGCGAGCUGGAGAGUCUGACGUCGUGAUGCCUCAUGCGGAUCCUUUUGUAGCGACAGUCCAUAUAGGCAACCAUAACGUCAAUAAGGUCUUCAUUGACACUGGGAGCUCGCUUGAUCUCCUGUAUUGGAGCUGCUUCCAAAAGAUGCAGCUGAACCCCAGCUCGUUACAAAAAUAUGAAGGGCCUAUUUAUGGAUUCGACAAUCAACCUAUCCCAGUGGAGGGAGUAAUUACACUUCCCAUUUACGUGGGCUCGGAACCACGCUUCAGGAUGGCUUCAGUCAGCUUCCUGGUCGUCAAAAUGGAAUCAGCCUUCAACGCCAUACUAGGAAGGGCUACUCUGUGCGAACUGAAGGCUGAUACGUUUAAGAAGGUUGAGCUCACUAUUGCCCCAGGAGGAUCUGAAAGUAGUAGGCCGACUCAGCCCGGCCAGCAGACAAUGAGCAUAUCAGACAUUGAACAUAGACCUGAGGGUGUCGAGCAGAAAGCAGAACCGGUGGAGCCAGUGGAAACCGUUCCUUUAAACCCUGAUGUGCCGGAAAGAACAGUAAAGAUAGGCACCAAACUCACAGAAGAAGAACGAGCUGAGCUUCUAGAGUUUUUGAGGGUCAAUCAAGAUGUGUUCGCGUGGACUACUGAUGAAAUGCCCGGCAUCCCGACGGAGUUGACAGUCCACAAACUCAGCACAGAUCCCACCAGAAGGCCGGUGGUGCAGAAACGUCGCCUUUUUGGCCCAGAGAAACAAGCCGCCAUAGACGAGGAGAUACAAAAGCUGUUACAGGCUGGCUUCAUUAGAAGAUUAGUGGAGCGAGCAGCUGGGCAUGAACGGAUGAGUUUUCUUGACGCCAGCUCGGGCUAUCACCAAGUUCAGUUGCUGUUAGACGAUCAGGAGAAAACAGCUUUCUACGCUGGUGAUGCUAUCUAUUGUUAUGUGAUGAUGCCAUUUGGCCUGAAAAAUGCUGGUGCUACAUAUCAGAAGUUGGUGCAAAUCAUCUUUAAGCUCCAGAUCGGUAGAAACAUAGAAGUGUAUGUAGAUGACAUGAUAGUAACCAGCGAGCGAGCUGAGGACCAUAUAAACGACCUAAGUGAGACCUUUCAAAAUCUGCGCCGAGCCCGAAUGAAGCUGAAUCUCAUGAAGUGCACGUUUGCUGUAGAAUCAGGAAAAUUCCUAGGGUACGUGGUAUCCAAGAAAGGAAUUGAAGUGAAACCAGAGAAGGUUCUGGCCGUUCAGCAGAUGGAACCUCCCAAGACUGUAAAGGAUGUGCAGCGCCUGAUAGGUCGUGUAGUUGUGUUGCAUAGAUUCAUAUCCAGGUCGGCGGAAAGAUGCCUGCCGUUUUUCAAAGCUCUGCGAGAGCCUAAAAACUUCCAAUGGACUAAUGAAUGUCAGCGGGCGUUUGACGAGCUCAAACAGUAUCUGGCAUCAGCACCCUUACUGUCUAAACCUGGCGAUGGGGAAUGCUUAUAUCUUUAUCUGGGGGUCAUAGAGGAAGUGGUGAGUUCAGUGCUACUGAGGGAAGAGAAUACAAUUCAGAAGCCUAUUUGCUACGUGAGCAAGGUGUUACAAGGUGCCGAGCAGAACUACCUGCUAGCAGAAAAGGCCGCCUUUGCCUUGAAACCUGAACUCUCUGGUCGGCUUAUCGAAUGGAGCGUUGAGCUGAGUGAAUAUGACCUCAAAUUUCAGCCACGCACAACCAUAAAAGGCCAGGCCGUGGCGGACUUUUUGGUGGAAUGCAUCUUAGCGACUAGGGAAGAAAAAGCACCUGAACACCCAAUAUGGGUUUUGUAUGUUGAUGGAGCAGCCAACGUUGAAGGGUCGGGUGCUGGGGCUGUGCUAGUGGGCCCAGAUGGUUUUAAGUCUGAGCACGCGUUGAGGUUCAAGUUUCAAACGACUAAUAACGCUGCAGAAUAUGAAGCCCUCAUUUACGGGCUGAAGCUAGUGACCGAGCUGAAGGUGCGAAGCAUCCAGGUUUUCAGCGACUCUCAGCUCGUGGUGGGCCAGGUGAAUGGCAGUUGUGAAAUCAGGGACCCCCAGCUUGGUCGUUAUGCCUCUGUGGUACUCGACGCACCGAGUUACACUGAUUUCACAGUCAAGUGUCAACUGCUAAGCACUGAUCCCUCUACACCGAGUUGGACCACCCCACUCAUAAAUUAUUUGCGAAGUGGCGAACUACCUGAAGACCAGUCCGCUGCAAAAUUGACUAAGCGCAGAGCGGCACAUUUCACUUUGUUAGAUAACCAGCUCUACAAACGAGCAGCCUCAAUGCCCCUAUUACGCUGCCUUACUCCUUAUGAAGCUGAAUACGCAGUGAGAGAAGUUCACGAAGGAGUAUGUGGCACGCACAUCGGUGGCAAAACUUUAGCUCGGAAGCUCUUGAGGCAUGGUUAUUACUGGCCCACUAUGGUAGAGGACGCGCUGAACUAUGUUAAAAAAUGUCCGACCUGCCAGUUUAAUGCUGAUUACACAUGCCAGUGGGGUGUCGACCUGAUCGGCCUUUUCAUCAAAGGCAAAGGAGGCUGCACUUUCCUGGUCGUUGCAGUGGAUUACUUCACUAAAUGGAUAGAAGCUAAACCAUUAUCCACGACAACAGAAAGGAAAAUAGAAGAAUUCUUGUUCAAUUCAAUAUUGUGCAGGUUCGGCAUACCUAAGCGGAUUAUCGCCGAUAAUGGGCCACAGUUCCGAGCAGCAGCACUGAGAUCGUUCUGCAGUGACUAUGGCAUUGAACUUUCCUUGACGUUUGUUUAUACCCCCCAGUCAAACGGACAGGCCGAGUCUGCCAAUAAGAUCGUCUUGCGAGGCCUCAAGGCGCGCAUUAUAGCUGCGCGUUCUAAUUGGGUUGACGAGCUCAAUAAAGUACUUUGGUCUUGUCGCACGACACCCAGCUCGGCCACAGGCGAAACCCCAUUCAGCCUGGCAUAUGGAGCUGAGGCCGUUAUCCCAGUCGAAGUCGUGUUGCCCUCAGAUAGAGCAGGUCGGCACGACGAUGGUAGUAAUGAGCAACUAUUAAGGGAGAACUUGGACCUCGUGGAAGAGGUCAGGGAGAUGUCUCGAAUGAGAAACAUGGUGCACCAGAGUCAGGUGGCAAAAUUUUAUAAUAAGAGAGUUCGAGCUCGCCAGUUUUAGGUCGGCGAUCUGGUCCUACGUAAAGCAGGACUAACCAAUGCUC